AGAAAAAAAAAGUAAUGGGCAUGCCUGUCCCACGAGGUCUGUCUGACUGUGUUCAUGGUUCUGUACUGCGUAUGCUGCUGCACAACUCGUCCUUGUAACUUUCAACAGCUCUCUAGAUAGUUGGUAAGUAGAGAGUUCACGCUGACCGUGGUUUGUUUGUUAUUUAUGUUUGUCUGCUAUGAGCAGGUUUAAAAAAGUAUAAUGGGGUCAUAUUAUAUUGUUUUGCGUAUAAUUGGGUACAAUCAAGGGGUGUGGAGAAUUUGCAUGAACGAAAGGCCGCAUUCAAAAAACUUUAAAUUAGUUAUAAUUUGUAUUUAAAAAUGUAGGUAAAUUAUUAUUUUAAAUAAAUGAAAAUAGUGGAACAACAAUUAUUUGUUUAUUUUAAAAGGCUACUAACAUAUUAAUGAUAAUAUAGGGAACACUUAAGGUUUUCAACUACUUUCGAUUUCUUGUUGUUUCUUCAUGUGUCCUCUCCGCAAAGGAAGGCUUUUAGCCGAAACGUUCUUCUUUUAUUGGUCCUGUCUUUCUAUUUCAAGCUACCACACAUCUUGUCCCACUAUCUUCUUCACACAGCUUGAACGCGGUUUUUCGCGUGUAAUAUCUUUUAAAAUAACAGCAAUGUCAUCAUUCUUUUAGACCGAAUAAGCCUACUACAUGGAAGGUAAACUUAAAAUAACAGCAAUGUCAUCAUUCUUUUAGACCGAAUAAGCCUACUACAUGGAAGGUAAACUUAAAAUAACAGCAAUGUCAUCAUUCUUUUAGACCGAAUAAGCCUACUACAUGGAAGGUAAACUUAAAAUAACAGCAAUGUCAUCAUUCUUUUAGACCGAAUCAGCCUACUACAUGGAAGGUAAACUUAAAAUAACAGCAAUGUCAUCAUUCUUUUAGACCGAAUAAGCCUACUACAUGGAAGGUAAACUAAAAUUAAUAAAAGGAUUUUUUCAACAAAAUUUGGACUCAGUCAAGAGGCCACGCUUGAAGACGAAGAAGACUGCAUGCGGCUUUGCGGUCGCAGACUUCCCACCCUUGGGUUCUACCGAAAUUCAUGAGGUUUUAUCGUAACCUUUGAAUUGAAAUAAUAUAAGUGACAACAAUGUCUAGAUCAAAUGACCGGAAAAGUGUCUUAGACAUGAAAUAGGCCUACUUAAAAUUUCAAUUUGACCAACCGCCCUAAAAUUUCACACCAAGUUAUGGUGCAAACAUUGAGGAACGUUAUGCGGCGUAGCUAAGACAACGUAGCGACUAUUCCUUACCACUUUUUUUUUUAUCUCGUUAUUUUUUGUUGUUAUUGUUUAAUUUAUGUAUUUCUGAAGAAGCUCAACCUCUCAUUAAGAUAGUCGCCAUGAGCAACCACCCUAUGACAGACGCCAGCAUCGGCUUCUACACCGAUGUCUGUGAGAAGGUGAACUUCACCACGAGAGUCAACGCCAUCCCACCUCGGAUUGCCGCCCUUAUACAACAGCUUAGUGAGGAGACCAUGAAGAGGUAACUCACUUCUUCUGUACUUCUCGGCAUCUCUUUCGGCGUUUAGGACAGUGGUCGGCAAACUCAGUUGUCAAAAGAGCCACACACACACACACACACACACACAAAUGAGCAGCAGGACGAUUAAAACAAUUUUGGGCACAAAUUUCUUUUCAAGAACCAUGUUUUUUUGGAGUCGAAACCGAUUUAUUGCCAGUUGCCAGCUGGCCGAGGCCACACACAUCUCGUUAAAGAGCCGCAUGCGGCGCUCAGGCCGCAAUGUGCCAACCACUGGUUUAUGGGGAUUAAACGAUGAGGUUCUUCUUCUAUAUCUUAAGGGCCCACGAUCAAUUUAUUGAUCAUUUUGGCUCCUAUGCAUGUAGAUGGGAUUUGCAAUGUUUCUGUUACUGGUGGUGAUGAGGAAAUUAUGCACUAGGGGUUUGAAGGCUUGAGGCAAUAGACACAAAUGUGUCUAGUGUUGUCGCCUCAACCGUUCCUUUUGAAAGAUUGAGCAGAGUUAUAAAAACUUUAAACGUAUGGGAUGGUGCUCAAAAAUAUGCCUCCAUCUGAUGGUGAAAUUUCAAAUGCAAUUUCGAAGACACUUGUUCCAUUUAGUGAAAAUCUAAUGAUAGGGCGCACUAGUUUUUAGUGGAGAUAAGAUGUAAUUAGGUCGGGAACUUAGAGUGAAUUUUAUACCUGAAAGGCCCGGUGGGUCACCAGUGGAACAAAAUGAAAAAGUAGGUCAAGGGCACAUGAUACAAAAAUUGAUAAUGGAUAAUGAAUUCUUGACCCAAAGUAUGCACGUACACCAAAGGAAAUCAUUUUCCAACCAUUAGAACUUAGUGUGGGUUUCUGGGGGUUAAUUCUAUCUUCAUUCAGUUCCAUCAUACUCAGAGGCGUAGCGUGGUGGGGGCAGGGGGGGGGGACAGAUGUCCCCGGGCGCCAGCUAGUUAGGGGCGCCAAAAUGGGGUUUGAUAUUAUUUUAUUGAUGAAAAUAAUGGGUUUGAGAGUUGAAAAAAAGAAAAAGGGGCGCUAAAAAUGGAUCUUGUCCCCGGGCGCGAAUUUUGUCCCCGGGCGCCAAACACCCUCGCUACGCCACUGAUCAUACUCAAGGCGUUUUUACUAUAAGGAUAAUAAUUCCAUAUGAUUUGUGUCUAAAAUAUAACUCCUAUCAAUCCUCCCUUCCUUUUGAUUAUUUCUCUGUAAUCGCAUGAUGUCAGCCUAGUUUUUACAUGUUUAUUUUUAAAUAUAAUUAUCCAGAACUUAUUAGUCGAGUUUAUAUCAUUGUAUGGAAUUUAAUAUGGAGUCUCUCAUUGUCCAGAUACUACGGGUCCGGCAUAGUCAUCCCAGAAAACAUCAAAGGCGCUCGGAUACUGGAUGUUGGAUGUGGAUCCGGAAGUCUCGUUUUCCUUUUAGCUAAACUUGUUGGCCCCACUGGAUAUGUGGUGGGAGUGGACGCCACUGAAUCGCUUGUGGGUGCUUCGUCAAAUUAUUCUGGUCAACGGAAACUUGUUUGAAAGAAAUUUCGUCGACAAACAAAAUAAAACAAAAUAAUGCGUUCAAAAAGAAAUUUGACGCACAAUUUGGUCGUGUGAACUGAAAAUAAAAUACGAUCAAAUUUCCGUUCGACCAAACUUCCUUUGAUCAAUUUUCCGUCGACGAAAUUUCUUUCAAACAAAUUUCUCUAUACGAAUUAUUUUGUAUUAUUGUUAAAAAAAUGAUGACGUUUUCUUUCUUUUUUGACGCAUGUUACAAUUUAAUAUUUCAAUUCUGUUGUUUUUUUUUUACUUUAAAAAAAAAUAAAUUAUUAAAAAGAAAUAUUUUAUUUAAAUUUUUUAUAGUACCAUUUUGGAAAUGGGAACAAAUGUUGUGGUUUGAUUUCAGAUUGAACAGUGCAAGAAGCAGACCGACUACCACGCCAAGACAUGGGGCUACGAAGAACCAAACUUUGAGUUUCGAGUCGCCAACGCUGAGCGACUGAGUGAGCUGAACUUGGGAGAGUUUGACGUCGUGGUGUGAGUAGUCCUUAACCGUGAUAGAAAUGUAGUUCAUUACAUCAAUUGUGUCGACGACGAUCGAUGAAGGAAUAAUAUAUCCCGCCACCCCCCACCCAGUGUCCGUCGGGACGGUCACAUGUCCCGCCCCGCCCCCCUACCCACCCCCUUUUUCAUAACUUUCAUCUCACUCAAAUAAAGAAACGUGCCCCACCCAUCCCCAGUGCUCUCCUUUUCACUCACCGACUGAAACAGAAUGAUGUCCCCAAAAAUGUGUCUGUCUACAUAAUAUAUCCCUCCAGGUCCAAUGGUGUUUUCUGUUUGCUGCCUGACCAAGACAAAGGAUUCAAAGAAGUUGUGGCCGCCCUCAAGGUAAACGAAUCUAAAUGAAUUCUUUCUUCGAAUAUUUUGUGGACUUUUCGUGGAAAUAUAUUUACCUGAAAGUAAAACAAUUCACACUUUUUUUUUUUUUGGAUACAACUUGGCGCCUUAAAAUUGUGUCAUUUAUAAAUCAUGUCCAAUCAAGCUUCCAAAAAGCAACAGUUGAGGCGACUACACUUGACACAUUUGCGUCUAUUGCCUCCUGUCUUCCAACCCUCAGUUCAUAAUACCACUGCUGAUUAGCCCAGUGAUGUAUCCCCUAAAAAAAAACCAUGCACAGUGACAUCCCGAACCCUUAUGAAACAUGGGAUCCAGAAUGAUUAAUACAUUGAUCGUGGGCCCUCAAAAUAUGGAAGAAGAAGAAGAAGAAGAAGAAGAUCCUCUGCCCAGGAACAAAACUCGGUAGCGUUGUUGUUUUUUUUGGGGGUGGGGGAUGGGGGUGGGGGUGGAUAAAUAAAUAUUGGAUAGGAGACGUAAUUUUUUUUUUUCAGAACGAGCCACCAUGUUUCAAACACUUAUCACAUAGUAAGUUACUUAGUAAGGUUUCAGCUUAAGGGUCAGGGUCCCUCCGAUUAUACAAUUUAGCAUUCUCAGAAUUAUUCCAACAUAAGAACCACCGAUGAUCACAUAUCAAUGAGUGANUAUAUAUAUAUAUAUAUUUAAACCAACUGUUAGUAAAGUGACCUUCUAGGAGAUGCUCUACUCUCAACCCAAUUCACGUCAAAACAUUCGAUUUCCGUCUAUCUGUUUCUGUGCAAGAGAUUUUCUUUUGAAUUGUUAUUGCCAAACGUUUAAAAAUAAAUUUAAUAUGCACGAUUUUGUAGAAAGAUUGAAAUGCACUUCAAAUAAAAAAUUGCGAAUUUUGAUCUGGGAAAGAUCGCUCAUUUCAAGACCAUGGUAUGAUAGAUAUAAAUAAUUAUUUGUGAUAAGACCAGGAAUGCGUUUAGAUAGUACGUACAACACCCUAACUGCGUGCCCUUAAACAAACAGGCCUACAGACAGUCCUAUAGACAGUCCUAAAGUUAGUCCUACAAACAGUCCUACACCAUAAUCGUGGCGCUUUAUUGAUAAAAAUAAUAGUCACCUCCGAAAAAAUGCAACCUUCUUACACGAGUUCAGCCGUCACGCAAGACGCUCACUGCUUGACAGCUUUCCCCCCCCCCCCACCCAGUACUAUUAUUAUAAAACAUGUUGAGUAAGGGGAGGGGCGGUUGUUAAAAGGAAACAGCCACACCAUAAGCAAAAUAUUUACACGAGUUCAGCCGUCACGCAAGACGCUCACUGCUUGACAGCUUUCCCCCCCCCCCCCACUCAGUACUAUUAUUAUAAAACAUGUUGAGUAAGGGGAGGGGCGGUUGUUAAAAGGAAACAGCCACACCAUAAGCAAAAUAUAGAUCAGAUAUUGUAAAUGUAACAGCUCGGCAAUUUAAGUAAGUCCAUAUUAUAAUGCUAUGGAUUUACAAAAUGGUUUAACAAAAACGAUGGAUAUGGAUUGUGGGAUUGGAGUGCUUAAAGGGCAUUCUAAAAUAAAGAAAUACAUAAUGAAAUUAAGGAGUAGAAAUGUGCUGGCGUGGUGUAUGCUGUCCACAUGUUUAACUUGGGAAUGCGACCUCCACUUCCACUAUUGAGAAGUGUAUUUUUAACAAAAUGUCUUUUUUACAACUACAAGUCUACUUGUAUUUUGCCUUGUGACAUUAAUAUUUUACCCCCAAAAAAUAAAAAAAAUCUUUAUAUGAACGUCUAAAAUUGUGGUCUCCUUGUGACAAAACUUGUGUAGGUUUAAUGAUUUUUUUUGUGUACCUUAUAACAAACUGUUUAAAUGAAAAACUCUCUCUCUCGUUCACUUUUGGAUGGCUAGCCUGGUGGUGUUUUCUACUUAAGUGACGUGUAUGCCAAGGUAGAAGUACCAGAAGAACUUAAGACUGACAACAAACUUUGGGGUAAGUUCAUGCUCGGGGGGUUGGUCGAUUUGUUUGGGCUGAUAUUGAUAGUAAAAAGGGGUUGGGGGGGAUGGGGGGUCUGCGUAAUAAUAAUAAUUGGUUUAACGUCCGUAUAGACGGUUUUUUUUAAAAAAAAAGGAAAUAGAAGAUCAAUGUAUAUGGGAGCCUGAAAAAGAAAGACAAGACAAUAAAGUAAGAAAGUUUCGGCUAAAAGCCUUCCACGGCAGGUAGGACAAAUAAAGAAAUAACGAGAAAUAGAAAGUACAUGGAUUUAAAAAAAAACAACAAAAAACUGAAGUGUUCGCCACAUUCAAGUUAUUGCCGGAAGUUGGGUUUUACAAAGCCAAGAUUACAGGAAUUAAAAAGACUUUAUGUAUUAUUACUGUGUGAAAAUAAGAUUUUAAAGGUCAAUACAAGGAUUAGUAAGUAUAAAUAUUUUUUUUUUUAAUCUUGGCUCUAACUCCGGAAAAUCAAUUUGAAAAAAUUUAUCCGCAGGUCCUUUGUUCAACUUUGCAUGUGCUUUUUUGUUGUUGUUGUUGUUGUUGUUGCAGAUAGCAAAUUUUCAGUGAUUUUGGUUUAUUACAAUAACUUUCGUAUAUUUAGAUUGGAUUUCCCAAAUUAUUCAAAUGACAUUGUAUUUAGUACAUAAAAUGUUAAUUCACACCCCCCCCCCCAAUCUAAAGUUCUGGGCACCGCAGGCGCCAUGGUGUGGGCUAGACUGCAAGAGCUUGCACAGGCCAAUGGACUGACCAUCCCCUACACAACUUACGUGGCCGGAGUCAACAUUAAAAGCGAAGAGAUCAAAAAAUUGUUAAGUAAGUAUAAAUCUUUGCUGACGGAUCAGACUCUUCCAAAAGCUUUUUUUUAUGAGUCGUAAACAUUGUCCGCAUAAAACGCGAGGAAAAUUACUGUUGAUAGCCUAAGAAUAGUGCGUUUUUUUAAUUAAGAUUAAUUCUUAAGGACAUUUUACGUCGAGACACACUACCGGUACUAUUAUUGGUGUCAUGUCGACAACAUCAAAAAAAGUAAUUUGCCUUGGGAUAAUCUGAAAUUCUUCUUCUAUAUAUUAAGGGCCCACGAUCAAUUUAGUGAUCUUUCUGGCUCCUACGCAUGUAGAAGGGAUUCGCAAUGUUUCUGUGCCUGGCGUUGAUGAGGAUAUUUCACUGUUUGCAAGGGCUACUUAGUGAAGGUAUCAUGCACUGGGGGUUGGAAGGUCGUCGUUCCUCCAAUGGUGACCAGCCUGCUAACACUAGAGGUAUUCCUGUAACGGUUCAGGACAAAGCGUGCUGCCCCUCGCUGUACCGCAUUCAACCUGUCGAUGCUCUUCUGGGUAAAUGGGUCCCAGAUUGAAGAUGCAUAAUCUAAAAGCGGUCGGACAAAGGCUUUAUAGGCUCUUUCUUUCACACUUGAGUUUAUUGUCUUUAGAUGACGCCUUAAGAACGUGGUUGCACACAUUGUUAAUAUGUACUAGGGGCCUAGUACCGAAUCUUGGGGGACCACUGACUUAACACCGACAAAGGAGGAGCUUGUACCGUCCUCCAUUACUGCUUGGCAUCUUUUGUUGAGGAAGCUAGAGAUCCAUGUUUUAGUAGUGACUUGGAUCCCAAAUCUCUGAAGUUUAUGUAGAAGCAAACUAUGAUUGACAUGGUUAAAUGCCUUUGACAAGUCCAUCACAAGCACGUCAGUUUGCUUGCUGUUCUCCAGUUUGGUCAUCAAGUCCUCUAUAAAUUCAAGGAGCUGAAAGUAAUCAUUUUAAUUGACAGAACAAAAAAUUGAACUAAAGUUGUUUUUUUUUUUUUUUUUUUUUUUUUUUUUUUUUUUUUUUUUUUUUUUUUGUUGUUGUUGUUGUUAAAAAUGCUUCACAAUAUUAAUAAUAUGUUCACUUUUGUGCGUGUGUAUCUGGCGGGUAAAAUCUUCGGACGACUAAUUGAUCCGCCAACCUAUCGAGCUGAAACUGAGCACAUAGACUCGUUGCCAGUGACAACACUUUCCCUCAUUAUACGUCACUGCACACUUUUUUUUUCACACGCCCAUGAACUAUAUUAAAUAUUCUGAUUUCCCAACCACUUUUAAACCGAAUAUUUUUUACACCAUACUUUGAGACGAUUUCAUUUUCCGAAAAGAAAAUAUUACACACCAGACUCAUUUGCGUUACAUAAAAAAACCCACAUCAUUUAACGUAGUUAUCGGGAAUUAUAUUUUGCGUGCUAUAUAACUCAUUAUUAAACCAGACUUUCUUUCAAACAUCUUGAAUUAUUUGUAAUAUACUCUCAAUAACAAAGUUGCUGAUAAGAAGGUCCCGGCAAUGGAAUCAGUCAAUUAGGAAGCAGCCAGCUUGUUAGGAAGCAGUCCACGAGUCACGCAAGGCUCGUCAUACAUAUAUAAGAGAUAGACAUACACUGUAACACUGUUGUUGUGAAUAAACUAGGAGCGUUGCCAGAGCCAAAAUGUAUUUGCUAACAAGGAACACUCAUUUUAAAACGUUUAGGUAUGACAAAUGAACCAUUAUCACCCCCCAAGAUUAUUUUAUUUAAACCAUUUGGGGCAAUUUACAACGUUUUAUGGUUUGCCUUUGACAGCUCCAACCUCCAAAAAUAAGUUUUUUCUUUUUUUUUUUUUUCCAAGGGGAAGAUAAAAUUAAAUUCCCCAUUUUGCUAAUUGACAUUCUUUAAAAAAAAAAAAUUAAAAAAAAACCACAACCGUAUUAUUUUCAUUUUUUUUUUUAAUUUAUUAUUUUUUUUUCUGAAAUAUUUGGUGAAUCAAAUCUUCAGUGUAAAAGCGGAUGGGUCCUUAUAAUAUUAAUGUAGUUCUGGGAGUUGAACAAAAAAAAUGUGCGGUUGCGAAAUUGGGGGGGGGGGGACGGGGGGACACUAAUUGGUGUUCUUAUAAAGUGCGUUACUUGCAUGCAUGUCUUGUCAAAAUUUUCAUCCCGACAUUUCAAGGCUGUAACACCACUGUCACGUUUACUUUGUAUCGAACAGACAACGAGUUCGCCUGCGCGGCAAGCAGGAUGUUCAAACUUCCGGUGGACGCCAAGAGAGGGGCGGCGACAGUCACAUACAAGGGCGACAUUGAGGAUAACGAGGAGGUGUUCAAGUGGGACGUGGACCUCACUUUCAAGGUGGGUUUCAUUGUCGACAGGUCCGUUGCGAGAAGCUACGAACAUAUUCGAAGCCUAAAUGUAUAAUUUUGUUUUCUUUCUCUGGUCUGGUAGUAAUUGUUUUUGGUUUUUCUUUUGAAAAAUAAUAAUACUAAUUUUAAACGUCUUUCUAGAAAGGAAAGUGAUAUCAUUAUGCCAGCUCAAAAAAAAAAGUAUUAAAUUUACGUACUUAACCAAAGGUUAGAUAUACAGGUGUUUACAACGUUGAGGCUAAACUCUUAAAAUGGAAGCACUGGGGGUGAUAAGAAAAGUUCCUGCAUGGUCAUAUUAAAGCUAAGGGUAAAGGUUUUACUGUUCUUAACGCCAUUUGUUGCCACUUCGUCAAAGGGUAGAGACAUAACCCAUUAUAAUGGCUGCAGCUCAGUAUGUAUCCUGCCAAUAAUGGCUGCGUCCAUGUGUUUAAAGCUCAGUAUGUAUCCUGUCAAUAAUGGCUACGUCCAUGUGUUUAAAGCUCAGUAUGUAUCCUGUCAAUAAUGGCUGCGUCCAUGUGUUUAAAGCUCAGUAUGUAUCCUGUCAAUAAUGGCUGCGUCCAUGUGUUUAAAGCUCAGUAUGUAUCCUGUCAAUAAUGGCUACGUCCAUGUGUUUAAAGCUCAGUAUGUAUCCUGUCAAUAAUGGCUGCGUCCAUGUGUUUAAAGCUCAGUAUGUAUCCUGUCAAUAAUGGCUGCGUCCAUGUGUUUAAAGCUCAGUAUGUAUCCUGUCAAUAAUGGCUGCCCUCUAUAUUGAUCUUGAAGACUCCCCCACCCCACUCUUUUCCUACCAGAAAGAUGAGCCCACGGUUGUGGACGAGUACCUGGCCACAAUUUUGACCUCUACCGUCUUUAAGGACAACUUUGUGGUUGAGGAUUUUGAUGGAGAAGUUCAAACUAAGCGAGUAAGUUUAUCCCGUAUUCUUACUUCCUGGAAAGGUAUUAUUUUUAUUUAAAAGCAACACCAACCGAUAUGAGAAUUUCCUUUUAAAAAAUCGUUAAUAAUAAUUAUUAAUUUCUAUUUUGCGUAUUUCUUUGUAACGGCGAAAUCUUCGAAAGCGUGCUCGACCUACGUCACGUAAUCCUAUCGAGCUGAAACUUGGAACAUAGAUUCGUCGGCAAUGCCCGCGCAUUCUUUCAAAAUUUCAGCCCCUUCCCCAAAAAAAAAAGUUUUUCCUUUUUUCAAGGGGAAGCUAAUGGACCCACUUCCCGUCAUCCUAUCAAGCUAAAACUUGAUACAUAAACUUGCUGUCCAUGACAACAUAUUCAAUCGAAUUUUCAGACCCCUUGAAAAUCAGAAAAAACUUAUCGUUGGGACUUUGGGGUGGGGGGGGGGGUGAUAAUGAUUUUUUCUAUGGUUGCGUGUUUUGGUGUGGAGAUUAACUGUGUUGCUGUUUCUAUGUGCUUUGUAUUUGUGAUGUAUUUGGGUUUUAUUUUCAGACCCCUUGAAAAUCAGAAAAAACUUAUCGUUGGGACUUUGGGGUGGGGGGGGGGGGUGAUAAUGAUUUUUUCUAUGGUUGCGUGUUUUGGUGUGGAGAUUAACUGUGUUGCUGUUUCUAUGUGCUUUGUAUUUGUGAUGUAUUUGGGUUUAAAUAUAUCUUUGGUCUAUUUAUGUUUUACAUGCUCUAAGUUUGAUAAAAAGCCCUUCCGGAAUUAUAAAUCAGCCGCUGCAAUCUAUUAAAUGAUAAAUCACGUACAAAUACAUAAACGCAACCAAAAGUGCGUAUAAAUGAUUUAUAAGAAAAGUUUUUCUCCAAGCAGUUGUUUAAUUGGUCAUUUGGGGGGGGGGGGGGGAAUAAAUUUUGGGAAUUUUAAAAUUACAAUGUAUACGACAUUUUCUGAUUAUUGGGGUGGGGCUGGGUUACUUGUGGGGGGGGGGGGUAGGGUUCUGCGUGCUUAUUUAUCACUCCGUCCGACCCCUCUCAUCCACAGAAUCAAGACCCCUUUAAAUUACUCGCUGACCUGACAGAGAAGGGAGCAGCACCUGAAACAGCCUAUGAUGUUGAAUAGAGCAGCCCUAUAGUGUCAAGUACAGUGGGACUGAAAUACGACCAGGAUUUAAUUCAUAGGUGUUGCCGAAUGGAGAAUUAUCAUUCUUUUACCAAAAUAUAUACAAAUAGGCCUACUCAGGGGUGUAGGAAGGGGUGGAAAGGGGCGUCACUUUUGUUUCUUUAUCUACAGGGGUGGCAUUUUCACCCAAGCACAGGGAUUUUGUUUUCGUGUAAGGAGGCUGGAAAAGUAAUUGCCCGCCCCGGGAUACACUAACCCUAGCUACACCACUGGACCUACUUACUUUAAAACUUCAAAGAACUGACAGUUAUGUAAGAGUCUAAAGCAGUGGUUCUCAAAAUUCCUGAUGCCGCCACCCUUUAAUACAGUUCAUGUUGUGGCGACCCCCAACCAUAACAUUUUUUUUUUCCUUUUUACUUCAUAAAUAUUUGUUUUCCGAUGGUCUCAUGUGACCCCUGUGUAAGGGUCGUUUGACUUCCAAAGAGGUCGCGAACCACAGGUUGAGAACCACUCGCUGCCACCUAUGCAUAAAUUAAUGUUAAAAACGACAACCUUUGGCGUCCCCAUAGUAAAAGCUUUAUUAUAUGCUUAUGUUAUAUGCUUAUGUUUCAAUAUAUUUUUUGGUCUAAAUUGAAUUAUUACAACUUCCAAGUGGUUUUUACAUUUAGAUUAUGCGUUUAUUGUUUUGUCUUUACGUUUAACUAAACCUAGUGCCCUACUAUGUGGCUGGUGUAUGGGCAAUGAAACCAGUAUGUCCGAUACCUCCUACUAACACCCGGCAAACAUCACAUAGACCAACAGAGGCGCCACCCUCGGGGGGGGGGGUGUUAACUCUCACUAGGCGUCAAGUUGUCAACACGCUCAGACUAUAUUAUACAUAACUAGGAUCCCGCUAGGAUUGGAAUGAGAAUCGUCGGCGUGAUUCGUACCGUACUUGGCCUGGGUUUUAUAUGUUUACAGUUGAAUUUCAUUAAUUGUAAGCUACAAUCUUCACAUUGCAUAAUCAGUUCAACGACGGCAGGGCACAACGAUCCCCCCUCCAACUUUUUUUUUUUUUUCCAAAAGGGCAC